AUGAUAGCAGACUUCACCACAUUUUAUUACAAGUGGUACCAUGGCAAGCUAGACCGAAACAUCGCUGAGGAGCGGCUGCGCCAGGCCCGGAGCCCCGGCAGCUACCUCAUCAGGGAGAGCGACCGCCGGCCCGGUUCCUUCGUCCUGUCGUUCCUCAGCGUGACCAACGUGGUCAACCAUUUCAGGAUAAUUGCCAUGUGUGGGGACUAUUACAUUGGUGGGCGGCGGUUCUCUUCUCUCUCAGACCUGAUUGGUUACUACAGCUAUGUGUCUUGCCUGCUAAAAGGAGAGAAACUGCUAUCACCAGUGGCGCCCCCAGAGCCUGUAGAAGACAGGAGGAGAGUCAGGGCCAUACUUCCUUACACCAAAGUGCCAGAUACUGAUGAGAUCAGCUUCCUGAAAGGGGACAUGUUUAUUGUUCACAAUGAACUGGAUGAUGGCUGGAUGUGGGUGACCAAUGUUCGCACAGAGGAGCAGGGCCUCAUCGUGGAGGACCUGGUGGAAGAGGUGGGCCGGGAGGAGGAUCCACAUGAGGGAAAAGCAUGGUAUCACGGAAAGAUCACCAAGCAAGAGGCCUACAACCUGCUGAUGACAGGUGUGUGGUUGCAGGUCCGUGGCCCCUCAGGUGAGGUCUGA